AUGACGAUCGCCAAUUGCAAGGUGAAGAGAAUCCUGGUGGAUAAUGAUAGUUUAGCUGAUAUCCUAUUCCUUGAAGCUUAUCAGAAGAUAGGCCUAAGCAAAGAGAAGUUAAAGAAAGUUGAAAAACUUUUACAAGGGUUCUCGGGGGCUUCAGUCAAAGUCGAAGGCUCAAUCGAGCUACCAGUAAGGGUGGGGACAAGGGACAGUAAAGCUUCACUGAUGAUAAACUUCCUGGUGGUCGACAUCACCUCUGCAUACAACACCAUACUUAGAAGGGUUAGUCUAAACUUGCUGAAGGCCGUAGUCUCCUGA